AGAAAACCCCGUGGCGAUGUGCAAUUGAAUCCUAUAGUAUAUUCUUUCCAGCAAAUGUAGACUUUUAUGACUCGAUGACCAUGGAGGAGGAUGUUCGGCUGCCCAGUGCUGAGCGGCUCGAUGGUCCUCAUCACGACCCUGAGCAGCUUCCGAGUGCAGGCUCCAGCCAACAACAGAACGGCUCGCUUGGGAAGAGCCAAUCGCGGUCAGGUGAGCUGAUCUCAUCUCUCUUCAACAGUUUACCUCGCACAGUAAUUGAGCACAUCCUUUAUGUUGUCGACGCAAACACUUUUGCGUCUCUAGCCUUUUUGAACCGAAAAUGGAGGCGGAUCUCAGAUUCGCCUCUAUUAUACUCUCACCAUCUAUCUCGUUGCCCAUCCUUCUCUUUGACGGCAAAAGCCACUUCGGAUGAAGUCACUUCGGAUGACCUUGCUAUCCUGAAGCUGAAGUUUGGGGCAGAGAUAAGACGCAAUGCCUUCGAGGUCUUCCUUAGACCCCACCAAACCUUGGUGAAGCUUAUUUCAACAUCAAUGAGUUCUUCGACAGCUUUCCCACAUGGAGAGGCUUUUCGUUUUGCUUUCUCACCCAGUGCUCAAUUAGUACUCUGCAUAAGCUCUUCGAGGAUCGUUGUUCUCGAUGUGGCAUCUGGCUCAGCUGUAGUGAGACAUGAACUCAAAACCUGGAGACGUCCGCUGAACGCUACCAUCCUGGAUGAUGGUUCGCUUCUUGCUGUGGUGUCGUCUAGCCAUCAAGUCAACAUAUACAGUUUAUCUAACGAAGAAGCAAGGCACGUUCAAAAUAUCAAGUUGAAUGAUGUCCCACAGGCUCUAGCACUGUCUCCAACAGGCGGCGUUCUUGCCAUCGCGUAUACCGAUAGGAUCGAAGUAUACGCAAUUGGAGAAGGAACACUUGCGACCGAGCGAAGAGCCGUACGCUGUGCUGGCGUGGAUUCCAUUGCGUUUUCAUCAGAUGGGGUCAUGCUGCUCGGUUCGUCUGGCGAUAGCCAGAAUACCAGUCUAGUCACUAUCACAGUGCCGUUCUACACAGAGCCUGUUACCGAUAUCUCGGCCAGGGAAGCCCAUACACGCAUGUGGACCACUCAGAUUUUAUUUCCUGAGAUUAUACAAAGCUAUAGUCACGCUUGCCUUCUUCCACUACAUACCGAAGGUGACGGCAGUUGGAUCUUGGGUUUUGAUAAAGAGGCCGCCGCAUUCAGGGCGAUUGGGACCAACAAUGUGAAUUCUGGUACAGUAUAUUUCGUGAGUCCGACAUCUGGAAAUGGACUGCAGGAGUCUCCACCAAUCAUGCUGCCGACAGUUGAUUGUACUGGAGAACUUGCCGCCCUAGGUUUCCAAGAUUCCGGUCUCUGGGUAUAUGGCAUACCGGACCGCCUUGAUAUUGCACCGUCAAGUACCUUGGCAGCCGCACUUUGUGCUUCGGACAAUGGCCCAAGUCACCGAGCGGAGGAGGCGGUGUCCCUACCAGAUAAUGCACAACGACUGCAACACUCUAUCGCCAAGCCGAAAAUGCUUAUCAGGGGUCAUAAGAUGAGCGAUAUGUCUGGGAUAACUGCUGCUUGCUGGGUACGACAUGCCGAGGCUCCGGCUGACCAUCGUAGACUGGUGGCUGUGGCACCCGGCGGCAUUAGCCCUCCGACAAUUGGUGAAGAAGAUGUUCCGGUUGAUGGCGGACGAGUGCUACUUUUAGAUUUCGAGCGAUCACCGAAAGAUGGGAGUUCCACUGAAAUAAGCAUCGAAAUUGGCGAGACGGAGCCGAAGAUGCUCCACGAACCCAAUACCAGCUUGGACACAGAGGUUGAGCUGGAAAGAAGAAGAACGCGUUUGCAUCGUGGCAAUUCUUCCUACCGGGCCAGAACUGUUGCUCGUGAAUCGUACCCAGCAGCUAUUUCCAUGAGCCAAUCACCACCGUUAAUCAUUCGUCGAAAUAGUUCUUACUUCUCUGUUUCCUCGAAUGAUAUAGGUGAUGGUGAUACACCUCCGGUUCCAGACACUCCCUACGACAACACCCAGCCGCGUUCCCGAGAUACACUGCGUCGUGCUGCUACCGCAGCGGCUACUAGUCGCACACGGUACAACCCACGAUAUCGUGACGAGUCACGGCGUGUUCUUGAGGCGAGACCGGUUCCUCCGAUCUUUCAGGUUCCUCAUGAAAGUGACGCCGAUAACUGGGUCCCCCCUCCACCUCCCUAUACUCGUGAACCCGAUGCACCGCUUCCGGAAGUCAGCGAUGUACCAGAUGGACUUCAAAGGUCUCGUACUACUCGCCUAGAGGAUAUGGCCGAGGAGCCUUUGCCUCGGACUCCUCUACAAAGACUGAAUACCAUCAGUGGAUCUAGAUUAGCCUCUCUAGUGCGAAGAACAACCAGAGCUUCAGAGGCCCCCGGCCUUAGCCGAACACAAAGCAACUUGGUCCAAAGAGGAGCCUCGGACCACCCGUACUCUCAGAAUGGGGAGGUGCCCAGCGUGCCGUCGGCGCCCCUGCAUAUACAACCGCAGGCCAUAGCCACUUCUCAAGAGGUUGACCAAAACACUGUAGGGAACCUUGACUCAACGAAUCUCCAUUAUACUGCAGCUACAACGGCGACGAUAUUGCCAGCUCCUGUGCAGCAAGCAUCGCUCCAGGAGACCCAAACUGAGUCCGUGGUGAGCCCAGGAGAACUUCUAGAAUGGCAAGACGCUGUACCUGAAAUUCCAGAUAUGCUGCCUAAUCUUAAUCAUCCCUAUUCCCUCUCGUCACCCAACCUACAAUUCCCAGACCCCCAGUACGCCUCUCUGGACAUCCCACGCGAUUCAUGGCUACGUACCGGGUACCAUAGGUCGAUGGGCCGGCGCCCGCAGUCGCAAGACAUUCGGCAGGAGUCGCCAGCUAUACCACCUCUUAAUCGCCGGGCAUCCACUGACCCUACACUCUCCACGAGCUCCCAACCGUCGAACGACCUCUGGAGGAGGCGUAUAGAGGAAUGGAACGAACGCACCAUUACGAAAGAAAUAGAAAACGAAAUAAAUGCAUUGUGA